AUGUCCAUGAAUAGUGGACAAAGCUGGGCAGCUGUGCGUUCUGCAAGGUACCGCUUGUACAUUGCGGUACAGGUACAAGAGGUACCUUGCGAGUACAGUUUGGAUAUGGAAGGCAAGACACCGCUUCACCUGGCUGCACACAAUAACCACAGCCACAGACUGAAGAUGUUCCUGAAAGAGGAGAGAAGAAGCUACAGGAAUCAGCACAACUUUUUGCACAUGGGGUCUAAAGAUACUGCAAAAGUACUGCUAGAAGCUGGAGCCAGUGUCGUUUCCAAUAUGGUCGAAAGAGCUUUCAGCAGCAACCACUCAUCCAUCUUCAAAAUACUAAUAGACUAUUCUCAAGAUCUGACAUCUGACAUAACGGAGUCAGCUCUUUUUAGAGCAGUACAGAAAAAUCUGCAUGGUAUCGUAGCAGCUCUAAUUGACAGAGGUACAGACAUAAAUGCCUGCAAUGAAAUGCAGUACACCCCUCUACUCCUGGCAUGUGAAACAGGCAAAGCUGAAUCAGCAGAGGUUCUGAUGGAGAAGGGAGCAAACUUGGUCACAAAGACUCCCACUUCAGACACGGAUUUGCAUUUGGCAGUUCAAGCUGGGGCCGCUUCCAUUGCAAAUCUGCUUCUGCACAAAGGGGUGGAUGUUAACCUUGUGAACCAAGCCGAUAAAAUCCAUGUUGCUGCUCUUCAUAAUGAAAGAGCACUCGUUGGCCUUUUAGUUAAUGCUGGGGCCAAAAUCAACGCUAUCACUAAAGAUCUUAGUACUCCCCUGCAUAUUGCAAGUCAAAGAGGUAUCACUGAUGUUGUCCAACAGCUGCUGCACCACAAAGCCCAUGUUAACGUUAAGGACAGGGAGUCAAAACCACCUUUACAUCUUGCUGCUGAAAGGGGAGACAAAGCAACGGUAGAGAUGCUUCUGAAUGCUAUUGCCCAUCCCAAGGUGCAAGACAAGGAGAAAAAGACUCCCUUGCAUGCCGCAGCUGUGAGAGGACACCUCAGUAUCGUGAAAGUUCUGUUAUCUAAAAGAGGAAGAUUUGGAGCUAAGGACAUGAAUGGAUGUACUCCGAUGCAUUAUGCAGCCAUCAAAGGAAACACGGAGAUCGUAAAAGUUCUUCUGACAUCAGGGAAAAAUAAAAUCAUUGAUGAUAGAAAUGUUUGGAGGAAGACUGCAUUGCAUAUUGCAGCAGAAUAUGGACACAGCGACUUGACAAAAUUAUUACUGAGCUAUGGGGCAGCCAUUAAUGCCUUGGACAGCAGCAAGGAUACCCCGCUGCAUUGUGCGUGCAAGGCUGGUCAUUUUAAUGCUGCAAAUUCCCUCAUAAACUGGUCACAAGGAGAAAAAACAAAUUUGCUAGCUGCUAACAGUCUCAGAAAGACUCCAUUGCAAGUAGCAGAACUUAAUACAACAGAAAACUAG